AUGCACGCCUCUUCGGUUCUCCUCAGUCUUCUUCUGGCUGCCCCAGCCCUUGUUGCCGCACAGCGAGAAACCGACAAAGCUGUUGAACUCCCUCCAUGUGUCACCACUUGCUAUGGCCUUGCUAUCGCUCGCGCUAACUGCGAUACCCUCAAACCAUCUUGUAUCUGUGGUUCCAAUACCUUCUUUAAUGCCAUCCGCACCUGUCUUACUACUCGAGACGGUACUUGCACAGAAGAAGAGGCCGUAGACGUAUGGAACAAGCUUCAGCAGCAGUGUGGGGAUAAAAUCGCCUCUGCCUUCCCGUCUCUGACAUUCGCCGUAACUAGAGAGACAUCUAGCGCCACAGACACCGCCACAGUUACAGAUGAAUCCGGGAGCGUUGUUCCAACCAUGGGUAGCAUUACGGAUGGUCCGGUUGAGACAAGCGAUCUUCCCACCGAAGCCCCAACUACGAUGGGCAGCAUUACUGGACCAGCUGAACCGACCUCCUCAAAUACCCAAGGAUCGCAAACCAGCGAGGGUCCAAGUGCUCCGACCGAGACCCCCAACUCAGCAACACAUAUGAUCCCAAGUCUUGUCUCCAUGGUUCUUGGGAGCUUUGUUGCCGGUGGAGCAUUAUUCUUCAUGCUUUAG